AUGGAAAAGAUUAUCAAGCAUCAAGAAUUGGCCCAUAAGAACCAUGAAACUUCAUUGCGGAAUCAUGAGAGGCAAAUUAGCCAGUUGUCCAAGAAAACAGUGGCUGAAAGAGUACCCAAUGCAUUAUCAAGUGACACCAUUCCCAAUCCCAAAGAAAAAUGCAAAGCAAUUCAAUUAAGGAGUGGAAGAACCUUGGAGAGUGGUAAGGAAGCUAAUAAGAAACCUGUGGAGAAUGAUAUUGGAAGCAAGAAGCAAGUAGAAGAAAAGGACCAGGAAGAGCUCAAGGAGAAGGAGGAGGAACCACUAGCUUCAAGGAAGGGGAAGCAGAUUAUUGAGGAACAUCCACAAGAACAGAGGAAAGAAGUGAAGCCUUACACUCCUCCUUUUCCAUACCCUCAAAGAUUACAGAAGGAGCUCAAGGAUCAACAAUUCCCCAAGUUCUUAGAAGUGUUUAAGAAGCUGAAAAUCAACAUUCCACUUGCUGAAGCAUUGGAGCAGAUGCCUCUAUAUGCUAAAUUCCUCAAAGAGCUCAUCAAUAAAAAGAGAAGCUGGCAUGAGAAGGAAACAAUGGUCUUAACUCAAGAAUGCAGUGCACUAAUCCAAAAAAGACUCCCACAAAAACUUAAAGAUCCUGGGAGUUUCAUCCUAUCAUGCACCAUAGGCAGUAUGACUUUGGAAAAAGCCCUCUGUGAUUUGGGUACCAGCAUUAAUUUGAUGCCUCUUUCAUUGAUGAAAAAGCUUGCAAUAGAUAAAGUCAAGCCCACUAGAAUGUUACUCCAAAUGGCUGAUAGAUCACUCAAGAUACCAAAUGGAGUUGUAGAUGAUUUCGUCAUCUUAGACAUAGAAGAAGAAGGACAUAACUUGAUUAUCUUAGGAAGACCUUUCCUAGCCAUAGCAAGGGCUAUAUCGAUGUGGAGAAAGGAGAGAUGA